AUGCGAAGAACAAUCGAUCAGUAUCCUCCCGACAUCGACUUAGCACCAUUAGAAUGCCCCUUGAAUGAUCUCGACGAUUUUGUUAUAUUCGACACCUCGAACGGGAAUCAGGCGGACGGACAAUGGAUCGAACUCGUCGAUGAGCUCUGUCACCUAGACUGUAUGCUGAGAAACAACGCCAGCUACAAGAAAGAUAUUCAGCAAAGAUGCGAUAAGGUCAUUUCUGCAUUCAUCUCCUUAACGAAAUGCCUGUGGUCGACCCCCAUCACCAACGAAGUCAAGCUGCGAGUCUACCUAUCCGCAAUUCGCCCCAUCAUGAUGUACGGGUCGGAGAGUUGGGCAGCAGUAACUACGGUGAUGGAGAGGCUUGAUUACACGGAAAGAAAGAUGUUUACACGGUUGGUUGGCUACUUUUGGCUUAGAGUAUGUCACAAUGAUUACGUAGAACUUGACGUGGUAUACAGGCCGAAGCUGACACGUGGAAAAUAUCAACAUCUUGCACCGCCAUCGAAAGUGGCUACAGAAAAUCGUCUUCGCUUAUUUGGUCAUAUAUUGAGAAGACCACCAGAUCGCCUUGUUCAACGAGUUUCGAGGAGUUGGUCGGGUUUAAGCUGGAAGAGGCCACCUGGUCGAAAGCAUAAGUUCUGGACUGAGGCGGUGAAAGAGGAACUGAAAACACCCGACGUAGAUAAGCAGUUCAGGCGAGACAUAAAAUUUCGCAGGAUAUGCAAUAGCGACUAA